GAUAAGAACUGUUUGUUUUAUUAAUGUUAUAAACCGUUUUGUUUUACUCUCUGGUCUAUGGACCAGUAUCUUAAUCCGUAGAGUAUUCUUAUCGUGAUUUGUAUCAUGCGUCGUUAUCAUCGAAUACGGAAUCAAUUAUUCCGAAAUCCGAAUCCGCGGUCUAUCAAAAGCAUUUAUACAUUUAAAAUUACAACAAGGUAUAAUAUAAAAAUUCGAUUUUUGUUUAACUUCCCUAAUUUUUUUAAUUCCAAUCUUUAAAGACGCUGUAAUGUUUGAAGUUCUGUGUCAAUAACCUACAGUUUUGUUCUAUUCAAACUUCAUUUUACAAUGACAAUCAAUCUAUAUUAUUUGUCGAUCGUUCCAAAACAAAUCCUAAUGACGAACGUUGAUACUGACUACAAUAUAUUAACUGAAGUUUCAAAAGCUGGCCUGUCAUUAUUAACCCAGUUUGUAAUCUUCACAUAUUUUGAUUGUUAGUGCAAUAAUUACAGUAAUUUGCAUCUUUAAAAAAAAACAACUACUCUUUAUUAAUGGGCGGGUCACUCCCAUUUUAUAGUAAUUCUCUCAGGACACUCUUUCUCUUCGCCAUAUUAUACGAUAUCAAAUUGAAUUAAAAUAAUAAGUAUAUUUUUUCUGAAACAUUAAAAAAAUAUUUACUUUUCUGUAUAAGAUUUGUUGAAAAAUUGAUUUUUUAAUUUUGGUUUUUUUUGUUUUUUGCAUUAACUAUUCAACUGUACUAAUAUACCUUUUAAAUCAAAUAAAUUUAUUAUUUAUACUUUAUAAAUAAUAUCUUGAAUAAUUUAUUUAUGUAUAGAAUGUAAGAAUUAGAACAAUCGUCCAUUUAAAUUAAAAUGGAAUCACAAAUAAUGGAACAAGAAAAUCAAUCAUUAAGAAACAUAUUAGAAUCACUGGAUUUGGGCUCUUCGGAAGUAAUACUUUCUAGAAUUAUUGCUGAAUAAUUAUUGAAAUGUAUAAUUAUAUUUAUACAGAUUGAUGAUACAGAGUUCAAUAUUCCUAAAGUUAAUGAAAUUCCAACUGUAGAGAGUAUAUUAAAUGAUGAAAAUAUUUCUUUAUUGAGUGAAGAUGAUCUAACUGCAUAUCAAUGCAAAGUAACUACCUAUAUAAAAAUAAUAGUUUAUAAUCAAUUGCCAUUAAUACAAAAAUGUAUAUUAUAUAUGAAAUAUAUAAAAUGAUACAUUUUUUUUUUUUUUUAUGUAAGAAUAGAAAUUCUAUAGGUACUUGUAAUUAAUUAUUUAAUUUUAUAUCUUAUUGUUUAUGCUUUUAUUUUUUAUUCAUACAUAUUGUAUUAUUUAUAUUACAUCCACAUAAUUAAAUCGUUCAUUUUAUGAACUGGAUUUUCAGGUAGUGAAAUUUGUCCAGAAUGUGAAUUUUGAUGAAAAUACUUUAUACAGACACACAUUUCAUGAAACAGCCAUCUAUUUCUAAAUAGAUAAUACCUAUACUUAUUUUAGUCUUAAAACUAUACUUUUUACAUUGCUUAUGAAUAAAAUAUAAAAAUAAAUUAUAUUAUAUUGUAUUUAUAAAUGAGAUAAAUCAUACUUUAAUUACUAUAAACCAUAAUAAAGUUGAUAGGGGGCCUAAAUAUCCAUUAAACGUUAUUUGUAUGCUUACGGAAUGAAAACAAAAAUUAUUAGAUAAAUUCGGAACAAAGUAUGGUUUACAUAAAGGAUGGUUUAGCAGUGAGUGUUCAUCAGGUUGAUAAAAAUUAAAAAUAUAUAAUUUUCAAUGUGUGAAAUGAUUAAAAUAAUUUCAGGAAGGCAAAGAUUUUUAUAUUGCUCAUGUAAGGCAAAAAUGCAAUCAAGUCAGUGUGUAUGUUUUAAAAAUAACAUGCUUUGUAAUAGUCUAUGUCAUCAUUAAUUGAUGUGUAAAAAUAAACAAUAAGAUAACAAAAUUAAUAGUUUUUAACAUAAAAUUAAUUAAAAUACAUUUGAUAUUAUCAAUUUUAUUUUAAACUAAUUACACAAAGUGUACAAUAUAGGUAUUAUCUAUUUCAUAAAAUGGAUUUCCUUGUUAUUACAUUGUAUUUCUGUCAAAAUUCACAAUCUAGACAUCCAGUUUAUGAAAUCAGCGAUUUCACUAUGUGGAUACAAUAUAUAUAUAAUUUAUCUACGUUCUACACAUUAGUAUAUUUUAAUUUUAGUUGAAAGCACAAUGGUAUGAUUCAGGAGCUGACUCUACUUCAUUGGAAAGUUCAAGUAGUAGUCGCAUGCAUUUAGAACAAUUAUCUAAAUCAUUAUACAUAAAAUCAAAUCCUGGACGAAUUUUACGUCAUACUAUUCUAAAACCAGUGUCCAAUCAAAUGCAUUCAUUUUGUGUCAGUAUAUUUUGUCAACAUACUUUUUAAAAUAUAUCAUUUUUUCUCCAAUUAAAUUUAAAAAUUAUAUCUACAUUUUUAUUAGGACCGUUUUCAUGCCGGAAAACCUAGUGCUAUCAAAUUUUCACUUCUUAUUGCUAUUGGUACUAGCAAAGGUUUUAUUAUUUUAUUCAAUUCCUCUCAAACAUUCUUAUGGUAUCAUGAAGCUGUAGACUGUGGUGCAGUAUCUGCUAUAGAUUUUAAUCAUGAUUGUUCUCGGCUCCUUGUUGGAUAUAUUAAUGGAACAAUUAUAAUGUUUGAUUCUUCUUCUACAUCAUGUAAAACCCUAAGAGUUAUAAAUGAUGCACAUACACCAGAUACAGCAGUGUUACAUUUAAAAGUAAGUUUGAUAUAAACAUGUUAAAUAUUUGUAUUAAUGAUUUUUAUUAUGUACUGUUAAUAUAUACUGAAUUUGGUAUUUAUAAUUCUAAUUUUAUUAAUGUAUCUUAAUUUCAGUUUACAGAUUUGCCAAAUUUAGCUAUUGUUAAUGAUAGUGCUGGUUCAGUAUUCGAGUUAAAUUUCAAAAGAAAUUUUGGCAUACGAAGUGUAGAACCAAAAUGUUUGUUUUCUGGUGGCCGUGGAAGAGUAUGUGUUAUUGAACCAUUGUUAUUUAAUCAACUAGCUAGCCAUCCUAUGAAUGGCUAUGUAAUAAUUGCAAUGGCUACUCUAUCUAAAGUAAAAUUAUGAAUAAAAUAUAUUAAAAAUCAUGUUUUUAUUUUUAAUUAAAUUUCUAGAUUAUUAUUGUUACCAUUCGUCCAAACACUGAACUAUUAUUAUCACAGAAUAUUAUUUCAUUGCAUCCAUGUUUACCUUUAUUGUCUUGGCAAUUUGUCAUUAUACAAUUUAACAAAACAUCAAAUUCAAGUCACAGAAUAAUGGAUCCAGUAUUAGCUUUUAUACGAGAUGAUACAGUGUACUUUUACCAGGUAUUUUUCUAUUGUUAUUUUUCAAAUGGUAGCUAAAAUUAUCAAUUUACAUUCAAUGAUUAUAGGUUAAUAUUAAUGACCAAGAUCGACUAUGCUGUAGCUCUCUACAAAAGAUAACAUUACCAUACACAAUACUUGCUUGCAAUUGGAUGAAUGCCCGUACAUUAUUGACUAUGGACUCAUCAGAAAAAGUCUAUCUUGUUGAUGUACGUGUAGGAGACGAAAUGGAACGAUCAGAACUUUUAAAUCUCAUGUUAGUUUAUACUUCUAGUUACUAUGAAGGAAGAGAUAGUCAACAUUUAGUAUGUAACUAAUAUACAAUUGAAUGAUUAGAUAUAUAAUGUAUUUACUAAAUUAAUUAUUCCUCUAGGAUAAAUGUUGCUAUAGUUCAGUUCAUGGUUAUAAUGGUCAAUUAAUAUUAUUAGGAAAGAGAAGUGUUCACAUUAUAAGUAUUAGAAGUUGGAUUGAACGUUUAGAUAGUUUAACUGAUAAAGUAAUAAUUUUUAUGAAAAAUUUACUAAAAUACAUACUAAAAAUAACAUUUAUUAUUUUUAUAGAAACUUUUUAGUGAUGCAUUGCAAUUAGGUAUUGAUUUUUUAGAAGAACGAGGUAAAGCUGUUCUUGGUCUUAGAGGUACACGAACACAUAGACAUAAAAUAGUAAAGGAGAAGGUAUUAUUUUACUUUUUCAUACAUAGUUAUUAUUCAAUUGUUAAUAAAUUCAAUUUAUUUUUGUGUUUAACGUUUUAUUGUAUUAGGUUAUUGAUAUUUUAACUUUAUACAUUAACUCAAUGGUAAAUGCUAAUAAUCCAACCAAUUACAAGGAAGGUAUUCCUAUUGUAUUUGACAUGUGUGUGCAUUUAAAAAAAAUGUAAGUGUUAUUUAUUGUUUAAUAUUUUGUAUAUCUAUAUAUCACAAUUUGUGAUAUAUUAUAAUUUUGUGUAAAUCAAAAAAUCCAAAUUAUUAUUAUUAUUUAUUUUUAAAUACAGUUUGUCUUUUUCUUAAUGUUAAUGGUUAUUUAUUUUUUUUUUUUGUUCAGAGAAUUAUUAUUUAAUUGUCUAUGGGAUGGAGUAGAGUUAAUUGAACCCUCUUGCAAACUGUACUUGGAAUGUUUAAAAAAUUAUUCAUGUGAAGAACAAUUUGAUGAAGUUCCUACAGUUAUAGUUCAAAAAUUGUUCACAUACCUUUCACAAACAAAUCAAAUAAAGGUAUUGCAUUUGUUUUUAUUAUUUAUAUUAUUCAGUAUACUUUAUUGCGGUGCUACGUGUGCAGAAACAUUGAUUGUAACAUUUACGUACAGUACUACACUGUUAAAAUGAACACCACUCUAUACAUUUUAAAUUAUGUGUUCCCAUUUACUAUCAAUACUAUAAUAAUGUGACACUCCCUUUGAUGCUGGCGUGCCAGGUCAAGGCUUCAGAGAGAAGCCAGCCCAUACACACAAGUUUACUACCAGGAUACAAUCUCAUUCUGAGUAAACUUUAUGUAGUAAUUAUAAUUUUAUAUUACAGGAACUCGAAAAAUGUAUGCUCAAUAUAAAAGUUGAAUGUUUAGAUAUUCAACAGUCAUUAAAUCUAGCAAGAACCCAUGCACUGUAUGAUGGUUUAAUAAGUAUUUGGACAAGAGCAUUGGAAGAUUAUUUAGCACCAUUACAAGAACUUGUUCCUAAAAUUGUUACCUCAUCAAAUGGAGGUAUAAUAUACAAUAUAUAAACUCAUACUCAAGUGAGUUAGUUCUUUCAUUCAUUUAAUUUUCCAGAGUAUAAUGAUCUUACAAAUGAACUUGGAAACAAAGUUUUAAUUUAUUUGAGUGGAUGUUUACUGGGCAUUGCUUAUCCUAAUAGAGGAGAUAUACCUCAACCUUUACAGGAUACAGUUAGAAAUAAUAUUGUACAAUUUCUGUGUUCUCAACAUAGUAUUAAAGCAAAAGACGAUGAAGAUAUAUAUCCAUAUCUUAGGUAAAUAUGUAAUAUUGAUCAUAUUAAUAUUUAAAUAUUUCAAAGAUCUAGUCACUCUUUCUAUUACCCACCACAUAAAACAAAAGUAAUUUAUUCAACAACAACUUAUUUUUAUAUUUUUAUUAAAACUAACCAAAAAAAGAGUUGAUCAACAACCCAGUUCUGAACGCUGUUUUUUGUGACAAUAAAAUUUUAAAUAACAAUAUUGAGAGAUGAGCAUGCACAAAAAGAAUGUAUAAAUCUUAUUUACUAAUAAUUCAAUCACUUGAUCUAGUAAAAAGUAAAAUUUUUUAAAUUGUAAAAUCUAAAAAUAAGAGAAAAGUUUUUCGCAAAAUCUAAAAUUUAAAAAAAAAUUGCGCACGUAACAUGACCUAUAUAAUAAUUUCUGCACACAAUUCAGAAACACUAAAAUAAUUAUAAACACAAUAUUUUAUAGUGUACUAUAUACAUUUAUUUUUCAUGUUGAAGGGGGCAUGUGUAAAAAUGAUUAUGACCUAGAGCGCCAAAUCUCUAAAUACCUCUGUCUACACUCUUAGGAUUUGUUUUAGGAAGUUUAGAAUUGUAUAAAUUAUAUUUAAAACUUAUUUUUUAUGUUAUAGAAUUUUGCUAAAAUUCAAUACAACUGAGUUCCUAAAUGUCCUUUCAAUGGCAUUUUCCGAUCAUCGCUUUACAAAUCAACAGAAACAACGUAUUUGUUGUAUAUUAUCAUCACUCACAUUAAACAGUAAAGAUUUGAAAGUAAGCAUACAUUAUUAAUCGUUAUUGGUAUAUUUAAAAUUUAACAUGCUUAAUUUAUACUAUUACUAUUUUUAAGUCCAAUCAGUUAGGUUUAGUAUAUGCGUUUAUAAUACGGUGGCAACAAGAAGAUGGUAAUUUUAUAAAACCUGAUGAACAAGUUUUUGAUACUGUCACAUCAAAGUUAAUAUCAGAACAAACAACACCUCUUGAAGAAAGAGAAAAAGCAUUUACUCAAUUAAUAAGGUCGGGUGCAUUUGACAACAAUCCUGAUUUGUUGAAAAUAGCAGAAAAAGCAAAAUUGUAAGUUUUUAAACAUUAUUCAAAAUAAUAGUUUAAAUUUUUAAUUGUAUGUGAAUUUGUUUAGUUAUGCUGUAUGUAGAGAAAUCUGUUUGGAACGUGGUGAAUUUGGUCAAAUGUUCAAGUAUUAUUUAAUUGAUGAUUCAAAAAGGCAUCAAAUAUUUUCAUUUAUCAACUCCAAACCAGAAUGUUUUGAACAAUUGUGUUGUGAAAAUGUGAAGGUAACUUUUUAAUAUUUUAGUUGUUAUUUUGUAUUAAAAUGUCUAGGCAACUAGUUUUAAAUAUACAAAUUAUGAAACUGAUAUGUAGUAAAGACUAAGUAAUUGAUAAUCUAGUCUUUUUAACAAAUUGUUAACAUUUUUCUCUUAAUUCAAUUUUAUUUCAUAAAGAUAAUGUAUAAAGUUCUUUUUUUUUUUCUAAUUAAUUAUAUUAUUAUAGACUUGUUACACAAUUUUAAAUUAAUAAUAAAAUUAUGGUACAGACCUUAUUGAAUAUAGAUGCAAUUAAAUGUGGAGUGAUUUUUGGCACAUUUUAUCAACAACAUGUGUAUGAUAUUUCUAACCAAAUAGAAAACUCUCAGAGAUAUCUAUUUUUAAAAGGUGCAAUGUAAGUAAUGGUAUCUAAUUGAUUUUUUGUUUUAUGAAAAAUUAUACAGAAGUAUACAUUAUAUGUUUAGGCCACAUAUAAAAUCUGAUGUUAAACUAUGUACUCAUUAUUUGGAACUUUUAUGUCAGCAUGAAACAAAUUCUGUAAUGGACUUUGUGAAAUCAAAUGAUACAUUACAUUUAACAAAAUCAAUAGCUGUAAGAGUUAUUAUUAUUAUUAUUAUUAUUAUAUAUGUUAUGUUUUAUUUGAAUUUUACAAUAUAAAAAUAUAUUUUAGGCAACAAAAGCUGCAGGGCUAGAUAAUGUUACUGCAAUAUUAUUGGAAAGACUAGGUGAUUUUCAAGGCGCUUUUGAUCUAUUGUUCAGUAAAUUGCAAUACGCCAUUCAGCAAGUUAGUAUAUUUAAAUUAAUUUGUAUACCAAAAAUAAAAACUGUUUUUUUAGGAAAAUGCUGUUGAAGAAUGCACUGAAGUUUUAGUGGCUUUAACCCAAAGAGGCUCUGAAGUGCUUGAUCCAAAAUCUACAUGGUUACCAAUAUUACAAUGUCUUCUAAAUCUCCAAUCACAUGGUAAUUUCUUAACUUAAAUGGUAUUUAACUGUAUUUUAGUGUGUUUUUUUUUUUUAUUUAGAUCAUUUACAAAAAGUUUUGGAUAAUAGCAAUCUAAAUUUAGCUACUGAAAUGCAUCUGCUUUUAAAUAGUUCAACUGGUACUAUUGAACACUUCAGAAAUCUUAUAAUGGGUGAGAAUAAAAUUAUAUUUAAUUAAUACUAGUAAGUUUAGUAAACAGGUUUACAUUUAAAAGUAUUUUGUAUACUAUUUAAAUUUAAUAUAUUUAUUUUUGUUAAUUCAGCUUAAAUUAUCCAACAUGUUUUGGUUUUAUUUCAUAAUAGUAUUAAUCAAUUCAAAUUAAAUUUAGGUUUAAUUGAUAAAUGUCAUUAUGAACUGAAAGUAUUAAAGUUAUUGGAAACAAUGCUUCAUGAUGAUUUACACAAUCAAUUGGCUGAAACCAUAAAUGCAACCAAACGAGGUGUAGCUAAUCCUAUAAUAUGUUCCUCUUGUAAACAAAAAUUUUUAGUAGAACCAAUAUUCGUCUUCAGGUAUAUAUGUUAUAAAUAUAAUAAAGUUUAAUAAUAUUAUAUUAUUUUGUAUGAUAGUUUAUUCAGUUUUUAUUAUUUUAUUUAACUAGAUGCGGCCAUGGAUUUCAUUCUGAUUGUUUGGGAGUACAUACAAAUUGUGCUUUCUGUAGUUCGACUAACAUUAAUAUUUAAUUUAAUAUUUAUUAUUUGCUAUACGUUGUUAUGAUUUUUUACCAUUGUUAAAUAUUAUUUACAUAUUUAUUUAAUUAAUCACAACUAUUAUAGUCAAUUAAUUAAAAAUAUAAUAUUAUUAUUAUUUAUUUUCCAUACAUUUCCAGUUUGUAUUAUUUGUUUGUGAUAUCAGUUUUGGAUAAACAAUUGUUUUGAUUUUUUUAAAUAAAUAAUUUUAAAUCAUGUAUACUUUUAAACAAACAUACUGUGUUAAAAUUGCCUUUAACAAUUGUAUAGUAUAAUGUAUAACAAUGUAACAUUGUUUAUUAAAAAAUAAAAAAACCUGUGAGC